GACCAUCACUGUGGAUGGACGGACCAGUCUCCGGGAUGGAGGAUGGACAUCGCUCUGGAAACUUAGUUUGACCAUAGUCAGUGUGUGGUUAGUGAUUUAAGAGCCCGUCUUAUAACGUGAGCUAGCCUCCAGUCUAACGUUACCUUGCGGGGUGUUUGAACACCUACAGACAUGCUUAUCAGGUCGGACUGAAACUCAGACCUCAGAGUGGCCACGUUGCUCUGGUAAACCCCAAGUAAAAUGUCUCAUCGGAGUGGGCAAGAGGACCCAGAGCGGUACCUGUUUGUGGACCGGGCUGUGGUUUACAACCCGGCCACACAAGCUGACUGGACGGCCAAGAAGCUCGUGUGGGUCCCCUCAGAGCGCCAUGGCUUUGAGGCGGCCAGCAUCCGGGAGGAGCGUGGCGAGGAGGUGCUGGUGGAGCUGGCCGAGAACGGUAAGAAGGUGGUGAUCAACAAGGAUGACAUCCAGAAGAUGAACCCGCCCAAGUUUAGCAAGGUGGAAGACAUGGCCGAGCUCACCUGCCUGAACGAGGCAUCUGUGCUGCACAACCUGAAGGACCGCUACUAUUCGGGACUCAUAUACACAUACUCUGGCCUGUUCUGUGUGGUUAUCAACCCCUACAAGAACCUGCCUAUCUAUUCAGAAAACAUCAUUGAGAUGUACAGAGGGAAGAAGAGGCACGAGAUGCCUCCACACAUCUAUGCCAUCUCUGAGUCAGCAUAUCGCUGCAUGCUUCAAGUGGUCUCCACUUGGUUUCAACAAUAUAUCAGUACAUAAUGAUGCAGAGAUGGACGACAGCAUCGCUAUGUGUUUCAGAGAGGAGCAGCGUUCUGAAAGCGGCGAGGGUGAGCUCUCUUCACUCCUAAUAGCGUGGGUGGUGAGAGGCUUGCCUGAUAGAGCUGAUGCCCUCUGACAAAGAGACAGAGAGAGAAAAAGAGAGCGAGAGAGGGUAAAGCAGAAUCAGCCAGCGUCAAACUUCAGGUUCUCAGGAACUGGACCUGCUGCACUGAUCCUGAGAGUUGUCUUCAUCCUGGACACACUGCUCAGCUGGUCUGUGCCACAAACCUCAUACUCAAGAUAUUAGCUUGUUUACAGUUGAUAUUAUAAGUCCACGUCAAGUCGUCCACCCUGAUGAAGGCAAGAUAACCCAAAACGUUCGAGGGACCAAAGAAGAGUGCCAUUAAGUCUGCACCUGCAAUAUUAGAUCUGAACAUGUGAACAUGUUUACAAAGUAAUGACUUGCAAGAAACAGGACUGUGGCCCACUUUGGGUCUGACUAAUUGUUUUUGAAUCUCUGAUGUAGAAGAACCGCUGUGAUAAGCAGAACCUUUAUAACAAUGUAUUAGUGUUUAGACAGCCUUAGCCUCUCUGCUGUGUGCCAUCACUGUCAAACUGUGAAACAGCAGCAUGAGUUUCUCCUUUUUGUUUCUCUUGACUGUUGUUUCUCAUCUGAAGGGUGUGAUUCUUUAAAUAGCAUGUUUGCCAAUGUUUCCCUUUUAGUUUUUACUUAUCCCAACAUACAUCAGUCUUGUAAAGCUCCAGGGUUUGUGUGUCUGACUGAUGUGCUGGCGGCUCCCUGUCAUUACAGGCCCUCAGGCUGUGCUCUGGGCUCUGCGUUGGCAUGUGACUUAGUGCAUUGGUUUGGACCUUAGCACCAAAGCUCUGGGAAACUAUUUGUUAAGUAUUAUAUUGGGUUAAUGUUGAACAAACCUUCUUAAGUCACUGAUUUUCUCCUGAAUCGCUGAUUUCCUCCUAAUAGCGCCCUGAAACCGUUUUAUUUAUUUUUAUUCUUUGUUUUACAAUUUAAGCACAUUUUGUCAUCAGAAAGAGUGUGCAAUUAUGUGGUGGAUAAAUUAAAGUUCAACAACUCAAUAAGCAAAUAUUAAAAAUGUAAUCAAUAGAA